CCAACCACAAAAUUAAAUUGAAGUCAGAUUUUAUUUCCUCUCGCUCAAGUAAAGGAUACACACCAACUGGAACAUUCUACAUUACAAAUUUCUCAAAUAAAAUCCCAAUCAAUCUACCGGACUUCUUUAUAAUUGCAAAAAAUUCAAAUCAUCAACCCUAAAAUCCUUUCACAAAAUGGGUUUAAUCUUAGGCAAAAUCACAGUAGAAACCCCAAAAUACGAAGUAAUCCAAUCCACAAACGAUUAUGAAAUCCGCAAAUACCCACCAUCCGUAAUAGCCGAAGUAACAUACGAUCCAUCCGAAAUGAAAGGAAACAAAGAUGGUGGAUUCACCAUUUUAGCUAAUUACAUCGGAGCUUUAGGAAAUCCUCAGAACACCAAAUCUGAAAAAGUAGCCAUGACUGCACCUGUUAUCACCCAAAACAACGCAGAAAAGAUAGCCAUGACAGCUCCGGUGAUUACGAAAACGGACGAAUCCGGCGAGAAGAAUAUGGUGAGGAUGCAGUUUAUUCUUCCGUCAAAGUAUGAGAGAGCGGAAGAUGCGCCGAAGCCAUUAGACGAGAGAGUAGUGAUUAAAGAAGAAGGGGAGAAGAAGUAUGGUGCGGUGAAGUUUAGUGGGCUGACGAGUGAUGGUGUUGUGACGGAUAAGGUGGAGAAAUUGAAGAGUGCGUUGGAGAAAGAUGGGUAUAAAGUUAUUGGGGAUUUUUUGUUGGCUAGGUAUAAUCCGCCAUGGACGUUGCCACCUUUGAGGACUAAUGAGGUUUUGAUUCCUGUGGAAUGAGUCUGAUUUUGGUUGAGUUUUCAAGUCUUUAUUGUUUAUAAUUUGUGUUGAAAUUGUGAUAGGAUGAAAGUUUAUGAAGGUUUCAAUGUAACGUUUGAGAUGAUAUAUGAUGAUCUCAAUGUUAAUAGUUAAUAAGUUAAAAGUAUAAACAUACUGAUAGAAUAUUUUAAUAUUCUGAUAGAUAAUAAUAUCACUCAUGGGUUGCUCUAAUCAAAGUUCAAGCACAAGUCCAUAAUGUUCUUGAUCAUAUCAUUCCACCAACCAAAGAAAAAGAUAUUGUUGAUCCCGCCAAGGAGGCCGAUUCCACUCUUUGGAAGCGUCUAGACGCAGCGGUUCUCCAAUGAUAUUAUAUCUCCCGACAUCCUCACUUCUAUUCUUGUUUCCGAUGAUACCGCCGAAAAGGCUGUUUGUGCAUUGUGGCCUUAUUUUAAGUAAGCAUUCUGGUGCUCUUCAUCUCGAAAAUCAAUUUACUUGCACCAAAUUGAUUAAUUUUCCUAAUGCUACUACUUAUUGCAAUCGUUUAAAACAAAUUGUGGAUCAAUCGGGAAAUGUCGAUGCUCCGGUUACUAACUAUGCCUUGUGAUAAGAAUGCUCUCCGGCCUUACAAACGAUUAUGGUAGUUUUGUCACCCAUAUUCAACAACAUGAACCUCUACCAUCCUUUGAAACCAUAAAAUCAAAAUUUGCUUUGGAAGAAAUCACUAUCAGUCAACGCCAUUCUCAUGACACCGAGAACGCCGCUUUUAUUUCCCAAAACACAUCUAACAACCGUCCUCACAACCCCAAAAUUGGCCAUCCUCCAUCACCACUCUGUUUUCUUACACCGAUGCGAAUUGGGCCAAAUGUCUUGAUACAAGCCGUUCCACUUCGGUUAUUGUGUCUUCCUUGGUGAUAAUUUACUUUCUUGGUCUUCUAAACACCAAGCUACACUCUCUCGCUCCAAUGAUGAAACUGAAUACCGUGGUGUAGUCAAUGUUGUCUCAGAAUCAUGCUGGUUACGCAACUUACUCCUUGAGCUUCACUGUUCCAUCUCUAAAGUCAAUUUGGUCUACUGCGAUGAUAUUAGUGUUAUAUACUUAUCCGGAAAUCCUAUUCAAUAUCAGCGCACAAAACAUAUUAAAAUGGACAUACAAAAAGUAGCACGUGGUCAAGCUCAUAUUCAUUAUGUUCUUUCUAGAUACCAAACUGCUAACAUAUUUACAAAAGGACUUCCUCUAAUCCUCUUUUAAGAUUUUCGCAACAGUCUCAACAUUCGAGAAUCUUCCGUUUCCACUACGAGGGUGUGAUAAAAUAUAAUAAUAUUAACCAAAUAUUAUUUAUUCUAAGCAUAUUCCUUUUUGUGAUUAUCUUCCUAAUUUAGUAGAUUAGUAUAGUGUUAAUAUUUUAGGAAAUAUUGUAUUUAGCUUGUUUCCAUAUUUGUAUUUUGCAUAAUCAUUAUAUUCAAUCAAUAACAAAUGAUUGGCAAGGCAAAUCAUUCUAAUA